GGAGGAGCCACAGCCUCGUCAUUUACACGGCACGAAAACAUUUCGAUUUGACAAUUUUACUAUUAUUUGAGUCUUAGUAUUCCAUACUGUCUGUCUACAAAACAACCAUUAUAUGGCCAGAGACCUUCUUGGGCGAAAUAUCUUGUUGUUGGAUGGUGGACUGGGGACGACGCUUGAAGACGAACAUGGUGUCCGAUUCUCUGUCAAAACACCGCUGUGGUCGUCCCAUCUUCUAGUGGAAAACCCAUCGCUGCUCCGGGUCGUUCAACGGGACUUUGCAAAUGCAGGAGCGGACAUAAUUCUCACUGCUACGUACCAGGCAAGCUUUGAGGGGUUCAGAAACACCAAAACACAAAACGAUGUUGGGAUAGCGGCCGACGAUGCGAAAAAGUACAUGCUCUCCGCUGUAUCCAUUGCCCGGGAUGCCUUCAAUGGCCGGUCGGGUUUGGUUGCCUUGAGUCUCGGAGCAUACGGCGCAACCAUGGUGCCUAGCACUGAAUACAGCGGAGAGUAUGGACCCAUGAACGAAGACGAUCUCUUCAAGUUUCACAUGGACCGGAUUUCCAUCUUCACAUGCGACAAACCGGUAUGGGCGGAUAUCGACCUUGUUGCAUUCGAGACUCUGCCGAGACUCGACGAGGUCAGGGUAGCUAGGAAGGUCAUGCGGACCAUUACCGACAAGGACUACUGGAUUUCUUGUGUCUUCCCAAACAACGACGACAGACUACCUGACGGCACAGAGGUCGAGGAUCUGGUCAGAACCAUGCUUCACGGCGAACGCAGACCAUUUGCCAUCGGCCUCAACUGUACUAAGGUUCAUAAAGUCCCGGGCUUGAUCCGAAGGUUCGAAGAGGCCGCUCAAUCUCUGUCGAUAAAGCUGCCCAGAUUGGUCAUCUAUCCUGAUGGCGCUGGCACCAAGGUCUACGACACUCAGUUACAGCAAUGGGUGGGAGAGGACCAGGACGCCAAAGCCUGGGAUCAACAGAUUUUUGAGAUCGUGAGUGAUGUGCAGACGAGAGGCGCUUGGGAGGGUGUCAUUGUUGGAGGCUGCUGUAAGACCACCCCGGAGCAUAUUCAAAAGUUGGGAAAGAGACUCGAUGUCCUUCAACGUUGAUAUAUACUGUAAAUGCAAUAAUGAACGCGGGCCAAUAUCCCACAUUAUGUCCAUGAUA